GGUGGAGCAAUUGGGCCGCUAGGCGGUUGGCAGCUGGCGCAUGUGACUGGACACUCUGGCAAGUCUCCAAUAAAGCCCAACACAUGCUGGAAUAUUUAUAUAUUUUAAUGCGUCAACUCUAGACCAAGUGUGCAGGUGCUACUGUAAAUCGUUUCCAUCAGUAUGGCUCUAGUGAACGUUGCUGCUCUCCGGUUUACGUUUUCUGCUCUUUUUAGGAGUCGUUCUGCAGCUUCUGACUUUCAAGUCUUGCAGAUCAGAAGAAGUUUCUUCAUGAAGCCGGUAGUGAUGAGAGCGAGGCAGCCUGCCAGAACCGAAAAUGCAAAAACUCUAAACAGGAGAAUGCAGAAGAAGUACAAUGGCACGCCCACGAAGCCGAGGCUUUCGGUAUUCUGCUCAGACAAACAAUUGUAUGCUAUGCUGGUAGAUGACCAAAACAAGAAGUGCUUGUUUUAUGGAAGCACGCUGCAGAAAUCUAUACGGCAGGAUCCCCAUUGUAGUACCGUUGAAGCUGCUAAACGUGUUGGCGAGGAGUUGAUCAAGGCCUGCAAUGAUCUGAACAUAGGGGAAAUAUUGUCUUAUGAUCGCAACGGCUUUGCUACCGGGGAAAGGAUUCAAGCAUUAGAGAUUGCAAUUGCAGAGUAUGGGUUCUUGUCGAGAUGAAUUGCAGCUGCUUCUGUGUAAACUCCUGUUGAUAUAUCUUGGAAUUGAGUAGUUCUGUUGCAAUCUAAUCUAGACUGUGUUCAGAUAUCAUAUCAGCUCUACAAUUUCCUUGAUAACUUAUGCAUGUGAAACGUUGUCCAUUUGUAUUGAUGAGCGAAGAGUCUGAGUUAAG